AUGACGCUCAAAUGCGUGAAUGGGGAGUGUGUGGGAUGGGCAUUCGGGGGCUCAACAGCCAACCGCAGCCGUAGCAAAGGGGGCCAAAAUAAGCAAGGAAGGAGGGAAAUCAAAAAAAAAAAAAGGGAAGUGAGGGGGAAGGGGAGGUUAAUUUUGGAUCUGUGA